ACGAAAAUCCAAAAACCCCCCAACUCCGCAAAUCCUCAACACGAUCUAACACGCUGACGUCUGAUAUUGGGUCACAGGUUGUUCUAGACUUUAUUUUGCCCAGAAGCCCGGGGUCGGAAUCAUUUGAACAGCCGCACUGCCACGAAUACAAAAAUCCUUGGGUCAAAGUUUAAAAUCGUUACCUGUGCUCUGCUUUGGAUGUUUGAAUCUGGACAUAACUGGACCACAACUGGACCACAAAUUGUUUCAAAGCUUCAUUAAUCAUCAAAUGAUGGAGCUUGGUUUGUUCGUGUAAAUACAAUCAAUUGGGAUUUCAGGCUCUAAAAACACACGUUCACGGGAAGCCCGGCUGCCAACUACCUAGGCAUAUUUCUAGGUUCCUACGGAAUACUAGGUUUAGUAUACGAAUCUGUUCAUCGGAGUCCCAGUUAAAACAAACCCGGCACUUAUCUUCAUUCAGACUAAUUUACUGCUUCUGCCACUUCUAUCACUUCUGGUGCAUCUCUCUGGUUCCUCAUUCGCAAUCAUACCGACAUAACUUUUCGACCAAGGAAGGCUCACCGAAGUCAAAAGUCGUAAUGGCUCUAGUCGAUUAUCCCUCGUCCGAUGAAGAUGAUGUAGGCGACGACGUUGAUCAGGUCCACCAACAUAAUGAAGAGGAUGAAAAGACUACCACCACCAAAACUUCAAAUUCGAAUAAUUUGAAGCGAAAAAGAAGCAUUUCUCGUUCAUCAAAAUUACCUCCACUACCCUCCAAAUUUCAUGAUCUUUAUGCGUCGACAGUAAGGAAUAGUACAAGAGAUGAUCCAGGUUUACAUGGAGGGAGAAAAAGAGUUAUUCCCCAUAUCGAGGGUAAUUGGCCAACACAUAUUUAUAUUGAGUGUGAGUACCUAUCAAUGCCUUAAAUUACCCUUUUACAAGCUUUUUGCUAAUUCAAUCGAGGGUAUCCUUCGACUAUAGAAUUCAGUUCAUUAUCAUCUUUGAUCUUAAAAGUUGUUUCGCUCAAAAGAUUCGAGAUUCAGUCAUUUUUAACAAGUGAUCUUGGGGUCCCUCUUCCCUUACAUGUUAGUCUUUCGCGAGCAAUUGGAUUCUCUAAAGAUGUCAAAGAUAGCUUCUUGAAUUCAUUCGAGCAAGCUAUAAAAUCUUCCGGGAUUCGUCCGUAAGUCCAUGUCCGGAUCCAGCUAAGAGUGACAGGUGAUUAACUUUUCCUCAGAUUUGAGAUCGGAUUCUCCGGCUUAUCUUGGGUUCCUAAUUAUGAAAAGACUCGAUGGUUCUUAGUCCUCCGUCUCAACAUACCCGAAAGCAAUGCCUUGAACAAAUUACUCCAUGUGAGCAAUAAAGUCGUAGAAGAAUUUGGGCAGCCGCCAUUAUACGCAGAUUCUAGGGCCAGUGAAAAUGACACCAAAAUUGCUCAUCCCUCCAAAAGAGAUGCCAAAAACUUCAAAGAAAAGACACGGCAAAAAGAGGAGAGUUUUGUUAAUAUGGUUGAUUUAUCCAAGGCAUUUCACAUUAGUAUUGCUUGGACGCUUUUGCCACCAGACCAAGAGCUUAUUGAAGCUACUGAGCAAUUAACCUCCAAAGAAUUGAUGAAAGUGCAAGAGAUUCAAAUACAGACCAAAGAGAUCAAAGCCAAAAUUGGCAAUGUGGUGACUAACUUGCCUCUUCCUGUAGGUAUAACAGAGGGUAAAAAUCUCUUUGGGUUUUGAGGGAUCACUCUAAUUUUAAGGGGUACACGAGAUAUCUGAUGAUUUUGGGGAAGUAGUAUGUCUAAGCAAUUGUAGCCGAUGCACCUGAAUCCACUCGAUGCUUUUAUUCGUGUGUUCAU